GGUGGAGAUAAGCAACGCAAGGAAUAGUAUACUUUUGCACGUGUUACAAGACUACAUAGGUCAAUACUCGAUACCACCCAAAACUUUUAUGUUCGAAUGACUCAAGUUAAGAAUAUCAAUGUUCAAGCAAGUAAAGCAACCCAACCCAUCAUCUUCAUCAUCAAGGAAACAUGUAAACAAAAGCACGCAUCCACACCACCAUAUAUAUAUGCCAUUCGCAGGUUGCAUGCAGAAUAUAACAUUCACGUUUCUGAAUGGACACAAUGGUUGGAGGAAGAACGUGGGCAGGAACUCCUGUUGUACAACAGAUAGUACCUAAUUCUGGAUGGACACAGGACUCUGCAGGCCAUUACCUUCUGGUGGAUCUUCCUGAGUUCAGGAAGGAAGAGGUGAAGCUCCAAGUUGAUAGCUAUGGCCGUAUUGUUGUGAAGGGAGAAAGGCAAAUAAAUGCCUGGAAACACGACCAUUUUCGUCUGACUUUUCCUGCUCCACUGGACUCUGAUAUGGAUAGGAUAGCCGGAAAGUUUGAUGGUGGAGUCCUUUAUGUCACUAUCCCCAAGCAAGUAACGCAGCAUAGCAAAGUGAGUGAACUCGGGAAAGUUGGAAAUGGAAAAGUUGAAAGAGCAGAGGAAAAUGGUAGCCAUCGACAUGGAAAUGGUGAAGUUGACAGAGCAAAAGAAAACGAUGGCCAUGAAGUUGAAAGAACAGAAAAAAAUGAUAGCCAAGAGCAUGGAAAUGGCAAAGUUGAAAGAGCAGAAGAAAAUGAUAGGCAUGCCAGUGAACAUGACAAAGAUACAGAGGAAGAAGUAAAAAGAAAUGAAAAUGAGUGCAUAAAAGAAUUUCCGGAACAAGUAAUAAGGAAGUGGGAGCAAGAAUCCAUGUUAAAAGGUGCAGUUGAGGUUUUGAGGGAAAACAAAGGAAUUGUAGUAACAGCUGUUGUAGCCUUUUCCUUAGGGCUGUUGGUAUAUCGCAAAUUCAACAACACUGUAAGUUAAUGCUUUGACCUCAAUCGACAUAUGUAUAUCCCUUACUUGUAUGUAAAUAGAAUAAACUACCAUGCAAAUACUCAAACAUUAAUAAUAAUAACAAUA